AUGGACAACAAUUGGGCUCCACAGUCGCCAGAUUUAUCUUCCUACUACUCCGCCGAGCAGCCUACUCAUCCCCAGCAUACAGGAUACAGAGGUUCAAUCUCCCACGUCGCACCCCUUUAUCCUCCACCAAAUCCUAUUCCGGCACUACAGAGCCACCCUGCGCCACAGCCUUUUAUGCCUCGUGGUGUCAAGAAGGAGGAGAGUAUGCAAGAUGCAGACUACAUGCCUGACGCGUCGGUGCCCGCGAUGAUGGCAGACGCGGGCAACGGCCUGGGCGGGGCAGACACGCCCAACACCGACAACAUCACCAUCAAGAACCACUUUCCUGUCGCGCGCAUAAAGCGCAUCAUGCAGGCCGACGACGAUGUUGGAAAGGUCGCCCAAGUCACGCCCGUCGUUGUUUCGAAAGCCCUCGAGCUCUUCAUGAUCUCCCUCGUCACCAAAGCCGCCGCCGAAGCCAAGGCGCGCAACUCUAAGCGCGUCGGCUCCAUCCACCUCAAGCAAGCCAUCACCAAGACCGACCGCUUCGACUUUCUUAACGAAAUCGUCUCCAAGGUCGCCGAUGCGCCGGAGAAGAGUGAGGGCGACAUGGACGUGGAUGGUAAGAAGAAGAAGACUUCGAGCCGGAAGAAGAAAAAGGCGGAGAGUGAUGAUGAAUUUUGA